AACACGUGACCGCGCUGUUUCCCGUCCCGUUCUGUCCCUUUCUGCAAUCCUCUCUCUCUCUCUCUCUCUCUCUCUCUCUCUCUCUCUCUCUCUCUCUCUCUCUCUCGCUGCCGCAGCCGCCGCCACUCCCGCUGUCAGUGCGCCGGGCCGCCGCUUUCCGCCCCUCUCGCCCGCCUGCUGCUGUAGAGCGCCGCUGCGCACCAUCAUGGAGCUCUCUGCGGUGGGCGAGCGCGUCUUCGCCGCGGAGGCCAUCAUCAAACGGCGCGUCCGCAAGGGCCGCAUCGAGUACCUGGUCAAGUGGAAAGGAUGGGCCCUCAAAUACAGCACGUGGGAACCAGAAGAAAACAUUUUGGAUGGUCGCCUUAUAGCAGGGUUCGAACAGAAGGAGAGAGAGAGGGAAUUGUACGGGCCGAAGAAAAGAGGACCUAAACCUAAAAACUUUGUUCUUAAGGCCCGAGCGCAAGCUGCUGAGAUCCGUCCCCCCCCAAGGCUCUCGGACCCGGGCCUGCGCCACCAUGCUGUCAACGCCUCCAGACCCUCCACCUCAUCAGGGCUCUCUUCAUCGUCAUCUAUGUCUUCCUCUUCGGCCCCCCCGGCUCCCACUCCUAAACUGCACUCUGGCGCAGCCUCUCAUAAGCUGAAGAAAGACAUCCGUCGCUGCCAUCGGAUGUCCCGCCGCCCCUUGCCCCGCCCCGAUCCGCUAGCUCCGCCCACAAGCUGCUCCUCCUCCUCCCGCCCUCCCGUGUCUCCCUUCUCAGAGACCGUUCGUAUCCUGAACCGCAAGGUCAAGCCCCGUGAGGUGAAGCGGGGCCGCAUCAUACUCAAUCUGAAGGUCAUUGAUAAGUCAGGGAAGGCCAGCAGCCCUGCGGCACUUCAUCACCCCCCAUCCCAAAGGGGGCGCCCUCCUAUCCCGUCGCGCAAUCGCAUCAUUGGCAAGAAGUUCAGUGACGGGGCCUACAGGGGCCUUCAGCCCCCACUGAAGUUGCCGGGCUUCCCGAUGUACGGGAAGCCGUUCGGUCUUCAGCAGGUCGGCCCGGUUCCAGGCCAGCCUCCCCUGGGAAUGAGGUCCGGUACUGGGAGAAGUGGGAGCGGUACCCCAGCACACACUGUGUCAAUACCCCCCCGUCUCAGUGUGGCCUCGGAGGGUCCUGGCGGGGUGGCUGCGCUGCCCGUGUCCCAGUACCAGCCACCCCUUUCGCCCUCCAGCUCGAGCGGUCCGGACAGCACCCCUGCAUCCCCGACACAGAUUCAGCUACCGCCCCUGCCGGCGCCGGCCUCCGUCUCUCCCCCCAGACUGAGUCCCCAAGGGCUGCCUGGGCCGGAGGAGGCGCCGGGCCUCCAGUCGAACCCCAGCCCUGUCGCCUUUCUUCCCUCCUGCCCCUCCCCGUCCUCGUCGCCGUCGACAUCUGAGGACGAAGAGGCCAUCCUGGAUCAGACCACAGCACGUGCGACCAAGCGGAAGUCCAGGGGUCGGCCCGUCCGUCGGCGGCGCCGAAACAAGGCAGCCGCUACCACCCCCGUAGCCGGCAGCUCUGUGUCUCCAGGGGCAAGAGAACCAUACCCCAACAGCAGCCCCCCUCUUCUCUCCCCCGAGGCCCCGCGGGGUGCCGGGGAGGGGGAUCCCAACUGGCGGCCCGAAAUGGCGCCGUGCCACGCUAACGUGGUUGUGACGGACGUGACCACAAACCUCCUCACCGUCACCAUUAAGGAGUUCUGCCUCCCGCCAGAUCUGGACAUGUCCAGUCCUGCUUCUCCCACCUCUCCCUCCUCUCCGCCUGCAGCUCCUUCUUCUCCCAUCCCUCCGGUCUCCCAGCCCCGCUUCUCUCCUGCUCCGACCCGUCCAUCCGCCACCCUGAAGUUCGUAGCCGUGCUGCUGGCCGCCGGGAUGCUGGCCUUCCUCGGCGCGCUCAUCUGCAUCAUCGCCAGCGUGUACCCGAGCUCCACGGCCGCCGCGCCCCCCCCGCCGCCCACCGACAACCAGUCGGCGCCGCCGGACGCGCUCCGCCAGCCCUGGUCUCCCGGCGGCGUGGCGCGCGCGGGACCGCUGGGCGCUCUCCACGGUCCUGAAUCCCCCGACGCGGCGGGCGGCUUGGGCGCCGGGUUCGACGAAGCCCCCACCCUCAACGAGCUGAGCAGCUCCGGCGGGGCGAGCGCGGGCGCGGCGCAGCAGUUCGCCUUCAGCCGCCUGAUCUGCACGCCCGUGCCCGCCGGGGACUGCAAGCAGAAGAAGCUGCAGGCGGACGAGCCCUCCGAGUACGCGGACGAGGACUGGGGCUUCUACCUGUCCACGGCCGAGCAGCUCCGGCAGACCAUCCGGCAGCAGAAGGAGCAGAUCCUCGCGGACCAGCGCACCAUCCGCGAGCUCACGGGGAAGCUGUCCGAGUGCGAGAGCGGCCUGGAGGAGCGCGCCUUGCACGAGCGCAGCCUCGGACCCUGGGCCGGCAGCCGCAGGCUCAUGGCCGGCGACGACGUGCGGUCAUCGGCCACGGAGCAGCUGCAGACGGCGCGGGCCGUGGAGGAGCUGGAAAGGGCCAUCCUGCAGCUCAAAGACCGCAUCGAGAAGCUGGAGUCAGAGUUAGGCCCCUUGACCCACAACCACACCAUUAUGGGAGCCAAGGCCCCGGCUGGAUUGUCCAACUACCCCGGGGGUGCGUUUGACUCCGUGCGGUGGCGGGUGGAGGACCUCGAGGACGAGUUAGAGCGCAAGAUGAAGAUGCUGGAGAAAGAGAGAGCAGCCUUGCGGAAGGAAACGCACGACCAUCGGCAAGAGAUCGACCAAGGCCUCAACUCCUUGCACCACCGCAUCGUGGAGCUGGAGCAAAGUCUCUCGGAAUACAACUACCCCGAAGGCUACAAGCUCUCCUUCCCGGUGCGCACCAACUACAUGUACGGGCUGGUGCGGCAGCCCAUUCCGGAGAUGUACGCCUUCACGGCCUGCCUGUGGCUGAGGGCCACCGAGGGGGGCAUUGGGACGCCGUUCUCCUACUCUGUGGUGGGACAACCCAACGAGCUGGUGCUGCUGCAGGGGGUGCACAACCCCGUGGAGCUGCUGAUCAACGACAAGGUGGCGCAGUUGCCACUGUCCCUCCCACAGGGCAAAUGGCAGCACAUCUGUGUGAGCUGGAGCCUGAGAGAUGGUGUUUGGCAGGCCUACCAGGGUGGCAAGCUGAAGGGGGAGGGUGAGGGUCUGGCUGCCUGGCACCCUAUCCGGCCCGGUGGGGUACUGGUUCUGGGACAGGAGCAGGAUACCCUGGGCGGACGCUUCGAUGCCUCGCAGGCCCUGGUGGGGGAGCUGUCCCAGUUCAACCUGUGGGACCGGGUGCUGACGCCCACCGAGAUCACCCGCCUGGCCGACUGCAGCGAGGUCACGUUGGGCAACGUGGUGCCCUGGACCGACCGGGAUGUCGACGUGUUCGGGGGGGGCCGCCAAGGAACCCCUGGAACCCUGUGUCCAGCGCAUCGGCAGCCAGCAGUGAGGAAGGGUGAUGGGAUCGGGCGUGAAAAGGCACUGUUUCGAGAGCAGGGGGCACAGCUUUGGGGACAUUCUUUCACUUUGACACCUGCGCCUAGAGUGCACACGCGGUGAUGGGGAAGAGACACACACACACACACACACACACACACACACACACACACACUCACAACGGCCACACUGUGACAGGAGAGAUUGGCGAUCUGCACUGUGUUCCAUGCCAUUCGCUCUGUCGGGGGGAGGGGGGUUCUAAGUUCUCACCCUCCCCCCCCUAGCCAUUACAGAGCUUUGCCUUUCAGUCACACAGUUUUCAUCCCACUUUAAAAGCUGAUUUUUUUUUUCGAGAUUUGCUCCGUUUCACGUUACCUUGAUGCCCUCAAACAAGAGCAGGUCAUCGAUCUGCAGGGUCCGUGAAUGCGAUCUUCGCCAUCAGGCCAUACGGCGGCAGAUAAAUGCCGCAUUGUGCACUUAGCCCUCCCUUGCACCAGAUCCAACCCCCACGAUGACCUCUUAUGAACCAUCCGAGGAUAUUCCCUGCGAUAACCAACACUGAAGCAGCACCAGGAGGACACUGGAGUCAACGACUCACAUCUUCAUUAUUAGUGUAUCAAGAAGUAACCUCCCCAACUGCAGUAAUAUGCAGACUAUGAAAAAAAAAUAAGAUUACAGAAUUCAACCGUGAACGGCAUGUACCACUGCUUCCCAAAGUAGAUCAAUGCUCCCGAGACCCAUCAAAAAGGUUUUUGGAUAUAUUUCCAAGAGUUCUAGGAAGCUAUCCAAGCCCCGGUUGUCCAGGUCUCGGGAGGGUACAGCGCCAAAGCCCUGGGAGUCUCCCCUUGUGAAACACAAAGCGGUUUGAGUUCGGUCUCAUCGUGGUUGAACAGGCUUCUGAACGGUACAGAAGAAUGGUGGAUGAAUGUACGGUGUCUACACCGGUACUACACCACCGUGACCGAAAUAGAGCAGAAAGCCCGAACGUGGCUGACAGCUCGCGACCAGCGCAUGAUCCUCGUUAUAGCGAACGUCCGGCAGCCCGCACAUCCAGCCAUUCGAACCCUCAUUCAUUUUUGCUGACUAAUUUGCACAAAAAAAUGACGUUCACGGAAUUGUAUGGGACACAAACAAAUAUGCUGUGUUUUGGGUGCUCCCCAAAUCUGCGAGGAGUCGUAUCCGCCCUCCCUCUCCAGGAACGAACGUGGAUGCAAAGUGCCUGCCUGGACAGACGUGCCCAAAAAUGUAUAAGAGAAAGAAGGAGAAAAUGACUCGUAAACUCUCUACUUUUGCUAUCUGUUUAAAGGUUGCUCUAUUGUGAUGUUGGUAUUGUGCUUGUUUGUAUCCGUACCUCUAUGGUUUCUCUAUGGAGUCGUGAAGUUACACCAGUGGAAAAAAAAAAAAAAAA